AUGGAUCUCUCCGUUUUGCCAAAUAACAACCAUCCUGACAAAUUCCUGCAGCUAGAAGUGAAGUCUUUAAUGAGGACUUCAGCCCACCUUCCAGACAGCCUGGUGAGGUUUGCAGGUGGCAGUUUUCCUACUUCACAGCACUGGCAAAAUCUAGUCUACUCGCAGAGAGAGAAGAAUAUUACUGUGCAACAUGUUAGGGGAUCCACUGUGGAGGCCCCUGUGGCUACUGACAUUCCCCCACCAUCUCUGUCAUCAGUUCUGAAGAAUAACCCAUUAUACAGUGACGUAAGUUUGGAGGAAGCUAUUGAAGACAGAAAAAAGAAUCCUUCAUGGACCAUUGAGGACUACGACAGACGUUCCCUGCACACCAAUCUCUCAGACCAUCUGAAGGAAAAUCCUAAUGACCUAAGGUUUUGGUUGGGAGACAUGUACACGCCAGGAUUUGACACCUUAUUGAAAAAGGAAGAAAAACAAGAGAAACAAUCAAAAUACUGCCGUAUAGGUCUGAUUUUACUUCUCGCUGCCUGUAUCUUGGUUUCCAUAGUGACUAUUAGUGCUUUUUUCACCUAA